GAUUUGUUGGAGAAAAUCAAGAAAGAACAUGGAAAAAAACUGGCCACUGGUUAUUGGUGGCUGCUGCGCUUCUUAGCGGGAAGUCUGUGUUGAAAUUUCUACUUAUCGGACAAUUCGUCCCCUUUCAAUUCCAAGCGGCGAGCGCCCGUGCCAUGAAAACCCGAUAAGGCGAUAACGUUCCCCGCUUUAAUACUUGGAUACACGCCCUUUGUUCCUUUCUCGCUGCUUCAACUGCUUCAAGUCUGCAAAUUUUCAGACUGCUCUGUGUCUUUUGCUUCUGGGCUUCUCGGUUGCUCCAUUGGUCUCUUUUCCUGGGGGGUUUUGACGGGUUGAAGUGUCAGUUAUGGGGUUGAGCAGAGAUGGGUGUUGGGGCUAUGUCUACAGGGAAGUGGAAAGUUGAAUUCUUUAUUAUCAAGAUUUCACGUACAUGAUUGUGAGGUUAGGCUUCCUGGUUGCUGCUUCAAUUGCAGCUUAUGCAGUUAAGCAGCUAAAUGUUAGAGGCUCAAAACCACCGGCUUCUUCUCGCAAGGUCAAGCUUCUAGAGAAUGGCGACACAGGCUUUGAAAGGCAGGGAAGUGAGGGAAGAGAUGAAGAGCACUCUGCAUAUUCUACUUAUGGCCUCAAAGAGGAGGAAGAAAAAGAGGAGGAAGAGGAGGUUGAAGUGAAACUGAUCAGCAGUGUAAUUAACGCAGCUUCGAGCCAUGUACCUGAUAUGGAAACUGAGGAUAUUUUGCCUGAAUUUGAACGUCUUCUCUCAGGGGAGAUAGAAUUUCCAUUCCCUGAUGAUAAGUUCGAUGAUGCGAGCAGAGACAGAGUUUACGAAAUUGAAAUGGCAAGCAAUGCAAGUGAACUCGAGAGGUUGCGUAGGCUUGUGAAGGAAUUAGAGGAGAGGGAAAUGAAGCUGGAAGGCGAAUUGCUUGAAUAUUAUGGGUUGAAGGAGCAAGAAUCAGACGUCAUCGAACUGCAAAGGCAGCUGAAAAUUAAGACUGUUGAACUUGACAUGCUGAAAAUCACUAUCAAUUCAUUACAGGCAGAGAGGAAGAAGCUGCAAGAUGAGAUUGCUCAUGGAGCUUCAGUGAAGAAGGAUCUAGAGGUAGCGAGGAACAAGAUUAAGGAGCUGCAGAAUCAGAUUCAACUUCAGGCAAACCAGACAAGAGGCCAUUUGCUAUUGCUCAAACAACAAGUGUCUGGACUUCAGGCCAAAGAGGAAGAAGCUGUUAAAAAAGAUGCUGAUGUAGAAAGGAAACUAAAAGCAAUGAAGAAGUUGGAGGUAGAAGUCAUGGAACUGAAAAGGAUAAACAGAGAACUUCAGCAUGAGAAAAGAGAAUUGACUAUAAAACUGGAUGCUGCAGAAGCUAGAGUUGCAGCUCUUUCUAAUAUGACCGAGACCGAAAGGGUUGCGUCCGAAGAGGAAGUCAACAACUUGAGACACAUAAAUGAAGACCUGUCAAAGCAGGUGGAAGGACUUCAAAUGAACAGGUUCAGCGAAGUUGAGGAGUUAGUCUACCUCCGUUGGGUCAAUGCAUGUUUGAGGUAUGAACUCCGGAACUACCAGACACCGCCAGGAAAGGUCUCAGCUCGUGAUCUGAGCAAGAGCCUAAGCCCCAAGUCGCAAGAGAAGGCCAAACGGCUGAUGGUAGAGUAUGGUGGAUCAGAACGCGGACAGGGAGAUACAGAUGUCGAAAGCAACUUCUCACACCCUUCUUCUCCUGGAAGUGAGGACUUUGACAAUGCUUCUAUAGAUAGUUCCACCAGCAGAUACAGCAGUCUCAGUAGGAAGCCUGGCUUACUACAGAAAUUGAAAAAAUGGGGUAGAAGCAAAGACGACUCGAGUGCUUUUACAUCGCCAGCGAGGUCCUACUCAGGUGGGUCACCUAGCAGGGUGAGCAUGAGUCUACGAUCGAAGGGCCCACUAGAGGCCUUGAUGAUCAGAAAUGCGAGUGACAGCAAUGCCAUUACAACUUUUGGUGGGCUGGAGCAUGAAUCUGUUGAUUCUCCAGACACCCCUAGUACCCCUCAGCUUAAGGGUCAAACACCAUCUGGUGAUUCGUUGAAUUCAGUGGCCAGUUCAUUCCAGUUGAUGUCUAAAUCUGUAGAUGGUGUUCUGGAUGAAAAGUACCCUGCUUAUAAAGACCGUCAUAAGUUGGCAUUGGAAAGGGAGAAGCAAAUCAAGGCAAGGGCCGAGAAAGCGAGAGCUGAGAAGUUUGGUGAUAGGAGUUUUAGUGGCUCGAGCAGGUCAGACAGGGAGAAAAAUAUCUCUCUGCCACCAAAACUUGCUCUGAUAAAGGAGAAAGUAGUUGUUCCACCAGAUUCAGGAGGCCAGUCAGGUGAUGCUAAGGCAGAUGAUCCUCAAACAGUGAGUAGAAUGAAGCUUGCAAACGUUGAGAAGAGGCCUCCGAGGACACCUCGUCCACCACCUAAACCAUCAGGAGCUGCUCCUAGCAUUGCAAAUAAUGCCGGUGCGGUUACAUCGGCAGGCCCACCUAUGCCUCCACCCUUGCCGGGCAUGCCGCCACCGCCUCCACCACCACCAGGCGGGCCACCUCGUCCACCCCCUCCACCAGGCAGUCUUCCUAGAGGAACAGGAAGUGGUGAGAAGGUUCAUCGGGCUCCUGAACUAGUGGAGUUUUAUCAGACACUGAUGAAACGUGAGGCAAAGAAGGAUACUUCAUCUCUGAUUUCUUCCACAGCAAAUGUGUCAGAUGCUAGGAGCAAUAUGAUUGGGGAAAUAGAGAAUAGAUCAACAUUCCUUUUAGCUGUAAAGGCAGACGUAGAAUCCCAGGGUGAAUUUGUCCAGUCUUUAGCAACAGAAGUCCGAGCAGCAUCCUUUGCCAAAAUUGAAGAUCUCGUGGCAUUUGUCAACUGGCUGGAUGAGGAACUUUCCUUCUUGGUCGAUGAAAGGGCAGUUCUGAAGCACUUUGACUGGCCUGAAGGGAAAGCAGAUGCAUUAAGAGAGGCAGCAUUUGAAUACCAGGAUCUGAUUAAACUGGAGAAGCGCGUUUCUUCUUUCAGUGAUGACCCAAAACUUCCUUGCGAGGCUGCACUAAAGAAGAUGUACUCAUUGCUUGAAAAAGUGGAACAGAGUGUCUAUGCCCUCUUACGCACAAGGGACAUGGCAAUGUCACGAUACCGGGACUUCGGAAUCCCAGUCGACUGGUUGUUGGAUUCAGGAGUAGUCGGCAAGAUCAAACUCUCUUCUGUGCAAUUGGCAAGGAAUUACAUGAAACGCGUAGCAGAUGAACUUGACGGAUUGGGCGGUUCUGAUAAGGAACCAAACAGAGAGUUUUUGCUUCUGCAAGGAGUGCGAUUCGCUUUCCGUGUGCAUCAGUUUGCCGGAGGUUUUGAUGCUGAGAGCAUGAAGGCCUUUGAAGAAUUAAGAAACCGGGUCCGUUCGCAGACAGAAGAAGAAACUAAGCCGGAAGCUUGAGUAUAUGAUUUCUUCUUUUUUAUAUCUUGUUUCUUGAUCUACAAUUCAAUUAUGUAUAUGUUACCCACUUAGCCACGUAAAUGAUUGGUAUUUACUUCCGGGGUUCCUAAUCAGAAUAAAAUCCAGAAAGAGAAUGUAUUUACACUAUUUUUGUCA